AAUUUUUUUAUUUUUACGUCAACAUAAAAUUUUUUAUUACUCCCACAGCCUACGACUUCAGAUUUCUUUGAAAAUCUACUUGAAGAUGAUUAGUUUAGCAUUUUUAAUAAUAUAAUAACAUAAAUCCGAUUAGAGUUCAGCAUCUGAAAACUGAUAAGGUGUGUCUAUUGACUUUAAAUUAAAAAUUAAGACGAAAUGGACUUCCUUCCAAAGAUCUCAAGACUAGCCAUAAUUCUCAUAAUAUGCAUAAAAAUGAGUCACCAGUUCUAUGUCCCUGGGAUGGCCCCAACUGACUUUCACAAAGGAGACCCCCUAGAAGUUAAGGCUGUGAAAAUGACUAGUAUUCAUACACAGCUUCCCUAUGAAUACUAUUCUUUACCUUUUUGCUUACCAAAAGGGGGUGCUAGUUCAAUCCAUUAUAAAUCGGAGAAUUUAGGAGAGGUACUUAGGGGCGACAGGAUUGUUAACACCCCAUAUGCUAUAAGAAUGGCCGAAAGUACUUCUUGUGCACUCUUAUGCCACACACCAGAACAACCCAUACAUUGGAGCAUUGGGGAAUCUCAGAUGGUGGUAGAUCGGAUUCAACAUGAGUAUUUUGUUCAUUUGCUCGUAGAUAAUCUUCCUGCCGCCACCCCAAGGAAAAACUCAGAAUCUGGAGAAUUUGAAUAUGAACAUGGCUACAGAUUGGGUAACGCUGUUGGCGAUAAAAACAUCAUCAACAAUCAUCUAAAAUUUAAACUUUACUAUCACCAGCCUGAACCUGAGGUAUAUCGAGUAGUCGGCUUUAGCCUGAGUGCCAAAUCUGUAGCUAUGGAGGAUAUUAAAUUCGACGGCAAAACGUGCAGCUUCAAAGAUGAUGCCAAACCCCAAAUCGUGGACCCGAACACUGGGACCAAAUUAUUUUUUACUUAUGAAGUUGAAUGGGAAGAGUCGAGUGUUAGUUGGGCAUCUCGAUGGGACACGUAUUUGGCCAUGACUGAUGCUGAAAUACAUUGGUUUUCUAUUGUCAAUUCUAUCGUUGUUAUAUUUUUCUUGUCAGGUAUUCUAACAAUGAUUAUGGUUAGAACACUUAGAAAGGAUAUAGCGAAAUAUAACGCGGACGAGUUUUUUGAUGAUGCGGUUGAAGAGACUGGCUGGAAGUUAGUGCACGGUGACGUAUUUAGGCCGCCAAGAAAUUCCAGAUUUUUCGCUGCCUUAGUGGGUUCCGGAAUACAAAUUUUCUUGAUGGCAUUACCAACUUUAUUCUUUGCAAUGUUGGGUAUUUUAUCGCCUGCCUCCAGAGGAGCCUUAACCAACGCAGCUAUUAUUUUCUACUUAUUAAACGGCGCUGUCGCAGGAUAUCUAUCGGCUAGACUCUACAAAACUAUGAAGGGACGAGAAUGGAAAAGAGCGGCUUUUUUAACGGCUACUUUUUACCCUGCUGUCCUGGCGGUGUCAUUUUUCGUAUUGAAUUUCUUUAUAUGGGGCAAAGCGAGUAGCGGUGCCGUCCCGUUUGCCACUAUGAUUUCUCUGCUUCUUAUGUGGGUUUUUAUUUCUUUACCUUUGGUUUAUUUGGGGUAUUACUUCGGGUAUAGGAAACAGCCUUAUCAGCAUCCCGUAAGGACGAACCAGAUUCCAAGACAAGUGCCUGAACAGCAUUGGUAUAUGAAUUCCAUUUUAUGCACAAUGAUCGCGGGCAUUUUACCAUUUGGAGCAGUUUUUAUUGAGUUAUUCUUCAUUUUUACAGCAAUCUGGCAAAACCAGUUCUAUUAUCUGUUCGGAUUCUUGUUUUUAGUGUUUAUAAUUUUGGUGAUUUCUUGCUCUCAGAUUGCUAUAGUGAUGGUAUAUUUCCAGCUUUGCGGAGAGGAUUAUCACUGGUGGUGGAGAAGUUUCAUGGUAUCCGGAGGAUCCGCGUUCUACAUCCUGGCUUACUCCUUUUACUACUUUAUGACCAAACUGGAAAUAACAGAAUUCAUACCGACACUUCUUUACAUUGGUUAUACGGGAUUGAUGGUAUUUACAUUCUGGCUUUUAACUGGUACCAUCGGUUUCUAUGCGGCAUACUGGUUUGUUAAGAAAAUUUAUGCUGCCGUCAAAAUUGAUUAAGAUGCCAAAGUCGUUUUGUUUUUUUUUUUCUUUCUAUCGGAGGCGAAUUGUUUUGUACAAAUACAUACAAAAUUUAUUUCCAAAGAUAAAUGUUUAUAAUAUUAUUAAAUAAAUACGAAAAUGUUGUGUGUAAGAGUAACCCGAGAGUUACCGGAAUACGAAUAUGAAAGACUCCAGUAAUAUAACGCACUAUAUUUAUUUUUGGUAUCAGCUAAUAUUUAUUUAAUAUAAUUAGCACAGCUAGUAUUUGGUUGUGACUUGUAUUGCUUUGGAUACAAGUUAAUAUUUAUGUUUUUUUUUUAUUGAGUCAGGAAGCCUUUAAGCGACACUUAAAUAGACUAAAAAUAAAUUUAUGUUUUGCUGUAUUUUUAUUAUUAAACAAUUCCAAAUUGUAUCCGAACAAAUCUGUGACCAAAUAGGCUCCGGAUAGACUUUGCUUUAGUUAAAAUUGACUGGAACUUGUACAUACUCUCAUCUGGCAUCACCUGUUUUUAGGUUUUAUAUAUAUGGUAAAUAAUACAA